CUUCCUCCACUUCUUACACAAGCCACCAAAAAAUUAACCAGGAAAAAGGGGGAAAAACAGAAACAAACAGAACAAAAUGGGGAAACUAUAUCCCAUCUUGUUCAGCCUCGUCUUCGCUGUCUUGUCGCUGAGUUCCACAGAAACCGAAGCCCGCCGGAGAAACUUUCCAGCGCCGAUAACCCGUCUGGUUCCAAGAUCUCUAUACGACAGUAUAUUUCUCCACAAGGACGACAACGCUUGCCCGGCGAAAGGGUUCUAUCCGUACGAGUCGUUCGUGGAGGCGACGCGAAGAUUUCCGGCGUUCGGAGCCACCGGAGAUAUCAGGACGCGGCGGAGGGAAGUGGCGGCGUUCUUGGCGCAGAUAUCGCACGAGACGACCGGAGGAUGGGCCACGGCUCCGGACGGUCCGUACGCUUGGGGACUUUGUUUCAAAGAAGAAGUGAGCCCUCAGAGCGAUUACUGCGACUCUUCUAAUACCCGAUGGCCUUGUUUCCCUGGCAAGUCUUACAAAGGACGUGGACCCAUUCAAAUUUCAUGGAACUACAAUUAUGGACCGGCCGGUCGAGCGUUGGGUUUCGACGGUUUAAGGAACCCGGAAAUCGUGGCGAACAAUUCCGUAAUAGCCUUCAAGACAGCACUUUGGUUUUGGAUGACGGAGCAGAGGCCGAAGCCUUCGUGCCACGACGUCAUGGUAGGAAGAUACAGACCGACAGCGGCAGAUUUGGCCGCGAACCGAACCGGCGGGUUCGGUUUGACAACAAAUAUAAUAAACGGCGGUUUAGAGUGUGGGAUAACCGGAGACGGUCGGGUCAAUGACCGGGUCGGUUAUUUUAAGAGAUACGCCCAAUUGUUUAAUGUCGAUACUGGGCCUAAUCUGGACUGUGAGAACCAAAAGCCCUUCUCUUAAACUUUAUGGGCCUCACUUCAUUCAAAAGAAUAAAGCCCACGUACCAAUGGAGGGUCGACGGAAGAAAACGCUUAUAU